UAAAUAAAUACUAAGCAGCCAAAAGUCAAAUUCAAAGGAAAAAUAUGACCGGCAACUGUUGGCCAAAACUCAUAAAUACUUUCAAAAAAGCAUGUAACCUAAUUCCCGUCGCUACCCUCACCACCACCGCCGCCGCGAAUUCCCCUAAAUUUUCUUCCAUGGACGACAUUCAUAAAACCCUAAAAACUAGUGUUUGUAUAAUCGGCAGUGGCCCUGCAGCUCACACAGCUGCCAUUUACGCAGCUCGCGCAGAGCUGAAGCCGAUCCUUUUCGAAGGAUGGAUGGCUAACGACAUAGCUCCCGGCGGUCAGCUUACGACCACCACAGAUGUUGAGAAUUUUCCUGGUUUCCCUGAAGGUAUCGGCGGCGGCGAGCUUAUGGAAAAAUGUCGUGCGCAGUCUGUUCGUUUUGGGACACAAAUUUAUACUGAAACGGUAACUAAAGUUGAUUUUUCUAAAAGUCCUUUUAAAGUUGUUUCUGAUGAUAGAACUGUAUUAGCUGACGCCGUUAUUCUCGCUACUGGUGCUGUGGCUAAGAGGCUUGAAUUCCCCGGCUCCGGCAAUAAUGGUUUCUGGAAUAAGGGGAUAUCAGCUUGCGCCGUUUGUGAUGGCGCUGCCCCGAUAUUCCGUAAUAAACCAUUGGCUGUAAUUGGUGGUGGAGAUUCUGCCAUGGAAGAAGCUAAUUUUUUAACUAAAUAUGGUUCUAAAGUGUAUAUUAUUCAUAGGAGGGAUGAAUUUAGGGCAUCGAAGAUAAUGCAAAAUAGGGCAUUGAGUAACCCUAAAAUAGAGGUGAUUUGGAAUUCUACUGUAGUGGAGGCUUAUGGGGAAAAACUUAUGGGUGGAUUGAAGGUGAAAAAUAUUGUUACAGGGGAAGUGUCUGAUUUGAAUGUUUCAGGAUUGUUUUUCGCCAUUGGGCACGAACCAGCUACCAAGUUUUUGGAUAAGCAAUUAGAGUUGGAUUCUGAUGGAUAUGUUGUAACUAAGCCGGGGACGACACUGACCAGUGUUAGGGGUGUUUUUGCUGCUGGUGAUGUGCAGGAUAAGAAGUAUAGGCAAGCUAUUACUGCUGCUGGCUCAGGGUGCAUGGCGGCUUUGGAUGCUGAACAUUACUUGCAAGAAAUUGGUGCCCAAGUGGGAAAGAGUGAUUGAUUGCUUUGUGUUGUUCCAUUGAAGUAGCUCUGGUACUGGAGUUGCUGCAAAGGUCUGGAUUGAUUUGAUAUCUAUGUAUUAAGAAUUUGUUUCCUCACUAAUGUUUAUGAUUGAAAUGAAUGUACGUACAUUUUUAUUAAAUGAUUGUUUGAGCGACGGUUCGUCCCUUGUUAAACAAUGAGGUCGAAGCAUCCAUAUCAAUCAAUGAACUCAACUUAGUAAUUAGAGUUUGGGCAAAUAUGAUAGCUUGGAGAUCAACAUAAAUGGAUUGAUUAUGUUAAUUCUUCUUUUCGUUUUUUCCA